AUGUCGACAUCCUCUUCGCCCUUGGACCUCGAGCAGGACAGUCAGCCUCCCCAGGCUGUCCAAGAGUAUCUUGCUCAGGACACAGAGCAAGAUCACGCCGCUUCGUGUUCUCCGCCUCCUGAGGAUCGAGAGCUCUGGGGUACACCCCCAUCCACUCCCCUCUCCCCUUCCUCUUCCCCUUCCUCUUCCCCUUCCUCUUCCCCCUCCCCCAACGUCAAUGGCAACAAGCCCUUGGCUCUUCCCGCUGUUGCUCCUUCGGCUGCGGCAGAAACUGUCUUCCCCAAGGAAGACAACACAAUGCCGCAGCCCCAGGAGUCUCAGUUCGACCCAGCCGCGGCCGCCAACGAGGCCCUCAACAGCGUGUCUCUUGAACUUGAGGAGGCAUCCAAGCCCAAGCAGUCCCGGGCUGCUGCCAAGAGGGAGCCCAGGCAGUCCCGGGCUGCCGUCAAGAGGGACACAGCCCCCAAGCGUGUCUCCAAGCGCGCCGCCAAGCCGCCAAAGCUGCUCACUCCAAACAAGCUGAUGCAGCAAAUGGACAAAGAGAGUUUUGGUCUUUUGUUGCCAGUUUGGAGUGCAAAGUGGGCAGCUGAUAAGGCUGCGAAAGCUCAGGCGCCUGUUUAUGGAGUCCCUGGUCAACCUUACGGCCAGAAUCCGUCACAGGCAGCCCCGGGGCUUUAUCCUCCAGCCCCGGGCCAAUAUUCUCAGGCUACUGGUCCCCUGUACCAGCAAACUCCUUCUCUCCCCCCUCCCGCUCCGGCGUUUCCUCCGGCUUUCGCUCCCGCUCCCGCUCCCGCCUGGGUUCCGACUCCCUCUCCACAUCUCCCUUCCGCUCCCCAGAUUCCUUUCCUUCCCCAGGCCCCCAAUUACUCUAUAGGUCUGGGGAUAUACAACGGACUGGGCCAGUAUCAUUCGGCCGCCCCUCAACCUUGGUUAAUGCAGCAGCCAGGGUUACCAGAUGCGUUUGUGGAACUAGAUGAGUUUGACGAACUAGAUGAGUUUGUGGAACCUUAG